CGGGAGCAGUUGCUUGAUGCCGUCAUGUGCGGAUAUCCUUUACGACAGAAUCCAUAAUGAGAAGUGGUUCACUGCUCGAGGACUUAAAACAAUAUCCGAUGCAUCGGGAUGGCACGUUGAAUCUGUAAAUGGGGUGGCCAAGUUGAUAGCUCUGCUCCUCUUGUUUCUUCUUACAAGAAGCAGCAAUUGGUUAGUGUGUAACACAAUUCUUAUAGUCGUUCCCCUGCUUCUCACCUUCGUAUAUCCCGACGAGAAACCUCCACCGGAAAACAUGAGAAUUUACGGAAUCUGCGCCCUUGCGAUGACCGCAUUUGAUCGGAUGCUAGAAGCCUUUCCUUUCUAUUAUGUCAUCAAAUUGUCCGCUCUCCUCUUUCUGUUAGUUGAACCCUCGUUUCUAAAUGACAACAUCAGAAAAUUACUAACGGUUCCGGUAGCUUCUGCGAACCCGACAGGGCCGGAAGAGAGGAACGUGAAAACUGCGAAGCCGGCAGCACCGUGGUCCAUUUUGGAUUCACUCAGAUCGGCAAUCGCACCUAGCAGCCCAAAAGCACGGUCACUUCGCGGUCCUGCGCCUCCUCCUAAACCUGUCGAAGAUUUGCGUCAAUCCAAUGCUACGUUGGAUACAAGACCGUUAAUGGCAGGACCAACGCAAGUUCCAAUGAGCGAGUCCAUAGGGCGUGCCUCUGUGGCCAGUGGCCCACCAGUCGCUGUUGGAGAGAAGAAGAGUGUGCCGUCAACUUAUAUAAACUUGCCAAAACCAAAAGUCGGUAGAAGGUCAAUUCGUCUUCCGCCAGACAAGAAAAAGUGAUUUUUUUGCGCGAUAUACCAAAGCAGAAUUAUUCUCGUAUGCGUCAAUAAACUCGUAUCGGCAUA